AUGGUUUCUCCAAGUCAAACUCGCAAUAUGCUCCAUCAAUACGGUCGCCGUAGUCUUUAUGUUUCAUUUGUUGUUGCAGUAGCUUCGACUGUUGUUUUCAAUGCUGCAUACGUUUGGCCACGUCAUUAUGCAUAUGAGAAUUUCUUUGCGUAAGUGACGGAUGAAAAAUUACUUGAUGAAAGUGUUUUUCAGAACAUACGAUCCAUACAAGCGAAUGAAAGAGAUUUGCGAUGCUAACAAAGGUUACAUGCAUACUUGUCCAAAAGAGUUGGCCAAAUUGUACGAAUCGAAAGGAAAAGAAAUUUCACAAAAACAUUGA